CAACAGAACAUGAACAACCCUCUCUGCUAUGCCUAUAACAAUGGCAGCACGAGGAAAGUUCUACGAAAGAUCUCACGUGAUUAGAUCAAGGCAAAAAGUUAGGGCCAUUCUCGAAAACAUCUCUGAUUCGCGGGCGCCGUCCCAGCUAUCCUCGAUUACCGACUUCCCCGGCUUAUCAGAACGGCGAACUUUACACACUUCUUCAAGCUACAAAUCGAAGUGGCAGCUUUACAACCAUGUCAAGAGCCCAGCGUCAUGUAUUCUCCCAAGGUCACCGAAGGCACAGUCGAUUUCGAUAUUCCGGCAGCGGGAAAGCCCUGCAAAACUUGGUACAAAAUUAUCGGGGACCUCUCUUGCGGGAUCACCCCACUCAUGAUAAUCCAUGGCGGACCAGGUCUCACGCAUCACUAUCUUCUUCCUCUGACAGAUCUUAACGAGAAGUUUGGAAUUCCCCUCAUAUUUUAUGAUCAACUAGGAAAUUGCCUCUCCACGCACCUCCCAGAGAAGAUGGGCGACGAGUCUUUCUGGACAGAGUCCCUCUUCCACGCCGAGCUUACAAACCUCAUCUCAAAGCUCUCUUUGCAUAGCUACGAUGUCCUCGGCCAUUCUUGGGGUGGAAUGAUGGCAUCAACAUUUGCUGGGAGCCAGCCAAAGGGCCUUCGGAAAUUAAUUUUGUCAAACACAACCGCAACAGGAGAUGCUUGGGACGAGGCAUAUGCUGAAUAUAGGCGGAAAAUGCCUCAAGAUAUCCAAGAGACGAUGAAAAAGCAUGAAGAUGAUGGAACAACCCACUCUGUUGAAUACAAGGAAAUGAUGGAUGUUUUUAAUGAGAAGCAUUUUUGUAAGAAGCUGCCGUUUCCAGAUUUUCAGACGAGUCUCGAGUGGAAAGCUAAGGAUAUGACUGUUUCUUUGACGAUGCAUGGUCCUAAUAAGUGGGUUGUGACUGGAAGCAUGGUUUCUUGGACUGCCGUCCCGGUCAUCAAAAAUAUACUUGUUCCGACACUGGUAAUCAAUGGCAUAGACGAAGGUGCAAGUGAUGAGGCAAUUGCUCCAUUUGUGGAGGGUAUUCACGACGUAAAAUGGGUCAAGCUUCACAAUUCGACUCACAUGCCACACUGGGAAGAAAAGGACAAUUACUUGCAGAUUGUCGGACAAUGGUUACAAACUAGAUAAAGAAAAUCAAACUUUUCCAGCCAGCUG